AUGGUAUCAUCCGGAGAUGUGUCGCAGAUGAAGAAACACAGUAGAUUCUCUGGCACUAUCAUGGUUCAGAUUAUGGAGGCCACUUUAGUGGUGAAAGAACAGCUUCAGAGCAGGUUUUGCUGGCCAACUCUCUUCAGGGACGCAAGAGCAUUCGUGAAGCACUAUGACAAAUGUGAAAAAGCCACGAAUCUCCCUACCAACCAUGAAAUGCCACAACAGGGGAUUCUUGAGGUUGAGUUGUUUGAUGUGUGGGUGGCGGUUGACUAUGUGUCCAAGUGGGUGGAAGCUGUGGCUCUACCCACCAAUGAUGCCAAGGUGAGAUAUGGAGUCCGUCAAAAAGUGGCAACCCCCUAUCACCCUCAGACAAGCAAACAGGUUGAAGUUUCCAAUAGGGAACUUAAGAAGAUUCUAGAGGAGACUGUUAGUGUUUCAAGAAAGGACUGGUCUAGGAAGCUUGAUGAUGCUCUCUGGGCAUACCGGACAGCAUACAAGACUCCCAUUGGCAUGUAUCUGAACCUUGAUUCAGAAGUUGCAGGAAUUAAGCGAAUGCUCCAGUUGAAUGAGCUUGAUGAAUUUAGAUACUCAGCCUAUGAGAAUGCCAAGCUCUAUAAGGAGAGAACCAAGUUAUUACAUGACAAGAAGAUUGCCAUCAGAGUCUUUGAGCCAGGACAGCGAGUGCUUCUGUAUAAUUCAAGGCUCAAAUUCUUUCCAGGGAAGCUGAAAUUCCGGUGGUCAGGACCGUUUGUGGUUACUAGAGCUUCACCAUAUGGUCAUGUGGAAAUACAGGAAGAGAAUUCUGACAGAAAAUUUACAGUGAAUGCCAGAGGUUGA